GGUGGUAUCGACACUCGGGUCCACGGUUUCGAGGUUCUGGGUCCGAAGCCGACGUUCUGGCCGGUGUUCAAGGAGCAGCUGUGCUGUAGAACUUACCUGUUCUACAGCACCAAGGCCCACACCUGGUGUCAAGAGGUGAUGGAGGACAAGACGCAGCUGCUGCAGCUCUUCAACAAACUGAACAGCGCUCUGAGACACGAGCAGAUGUUUGCUGAUCGUUUCCUGCCGGACCCCGAGGCUUCUGAAGCUCUGGGUCGGACCUGCUGGGAGGCUCUGAUCACUCCCAUCGUCCACAGCAUCACACUGUCAGAAUCCUCAGCGUCCAGCCCCUUGUCCUGGCUGCUCAGUGAGUACCUGGGUAACGCCGAGUCCACCCGGCGCUGUAAAAGCCGGGCGGCCAUCUUUAACUCCAGAGUGAGGCGCCUCACACACCUGCUGGUCCACGUGGACACCAGUCGGCUGGACGGGGAGGAGCUCAAACCGCCGGUCAAAUCAAAAGGUAUCAACCGAAGCAAAGAGCUGAAGAACGGUAAAGAGGGUAAGAAUAAAGAAACGUCGGCCUCCUCUUCCUCCUCCUCGUCCUCCUCAGCUAGGCCCAGAGUGAAGAGCAGCAGCAGCAGCAUCGCGGGCAUCGCUCUCUGCUGGCAGGGAGUGGUACAGCGCCAGGUGAAGAGGUUUCUGGAGUCCAGCUGCAGUCUGCCGGACUUUGUGGAGCGGUACCGGACUCUGUACCUCCGGCUGAAGAACGCCAUGGAGGAGCUGUUCGGUCAGCAGACCGCAUUCGUCCUCGCUCUCAGACACGGAUUCUCCUCCGCCCUGCUGCAGCUGUCCAUCCUCAGAGCCAUGCACGUGAGUGAGCGUUUCUCUCAGUACAUCGACGUCACCAUCCAGGUGAGCGGCUCUUCUUCCGGCAGCGUGGAGACUCUGGAGCGUCUGCAGCAGUUCUUGGAGCCGAUGCUCUUCCUGUCGGGUCUGGAGCUCGCCAACACCUUCGAGCACUUCUACAGGUACUACCUGGGCGACCGGCUGCUGGCUCAGGGGAACUUGUGGCUGGAGAGCGCCGUCAUCGAUCAGAUCGGCAGCUGCUUCCCGAGUCGGUUCCCUCAGCAGAUGUUGAAGAACCUGAGUGAGUCGGCGGAGCUGCAGCAGGAGUUCCACCUGUAUCGCCUGCAGCAGCUGGAUCGAUGCCUGCAGGAGCACGACCAGAUGAUGGAGGAGGAGUGGGCGGAGUCAGAGGAGGAGGUGGAGGUCCAGGUUCUGGUUCUGUCUCCACGCUGCUGGGCCGUGUCCUCGCUCUGCUUCCUGGACGAACCCACAAAACAGUUUCCAGACGAACUCUGCUCCUACCUGAACCAGUUCACCCAGUUCUACACUCACAGUCAGUCCAUGUUCGGCCUCAGUCACUGGAAGCCUCGCCGUCUCCAGUGGACUUGGCUCGGUCACGCUGAGCUUCAGUUUGGCUGCUGGAAGCUUCACGUCUCCACUCUGCAGAUGUUCAUCCUGCUGCAGCUCAACAGCCAACAGGAGGUUCCGGUGGAGGCUCUGCUCCAGGCCACCAGCCUAUCAGCUGCUGUCCUGCUUCACGCUCUGCUGCCUCUCAUCAGUGACGGAGGACCUCUGACCUGCAGCCUGCCUGAGGAGCCUCUCCAGGGUGUCUUGCAGGUGAACCAGCAGGUGGCGUCUCUCAGUGUGGACGGUGUCCCCGCGUCCGUCCAGCUGCUGCCCAGACAGACAUACCUGAACGUGGACGAGGAUGCCGCCGGCACACUGGAGAGGAAGAGGAACUACAUCUACUGUCUGAUCGUCCACAUCAUGAAGCGGGAGAAGGAGAUGCACGUCGACAACCUCGUCUUCAAGGUGCUGGACUCGUGUCAGAGACAGGAAGCGUCUCGCCCUCGGGGUGCCAGGCGCUUCGGCUGCAGCACCAGCGACGUGCUCUCCUGCAUCGUGCACGUCAUCGGUAAAGGCUGCAUCCGCCGCAAUGAGGAGAACCCGCACAUCGUGGAGUACCUGCCGGAGGAUCCGUCCACGCCGCAGAAGGGCCAGGCCCAGUUCUCCUUCAGCCAGACCGAUAUCAGGAAGGAGGACGACGGGGCCGACAUCAGUCUGAUUUCAACACCUCGGCGGUUCGAGGACGGCGUCUUGGACGCGGUUCUCUUCUCGAUGGGUCGUACGAUGACGCAGGAGGAAGUCCGUCAGCUGAUGCAGAGGACUGUCCUACAGGUAUCGGGGACUCUGAGUCUGGACCUGGACCGAGCUGAACACCUGCUGGUCUACUGUAAGUGGAAUGUGGACCUCCUGGUUCAGCGCUACACCGACGACCCCGACGCCGUCGUCACGGCCGCCGGACUCGAGAGCAGGAACCCUCAGCCGCCUUCAAGCUCCGCCCCCACCUGCCCGGUCUGCCUGGGCCCCGCCCCCCCCGCCAAGGAGCCAGGGCCCUCGCUGAGCUGCAUGCACUACUGCUGCAGGUCGUGCUGGCAGGAGUACCUGACAGCGAGGAUCGAACAGAACCUGGUGAUGAACUGUAACUGUCCAAUCACAGACUGCCAGGCUCAGCCCACCUCACUGUUCUUCCUCAGCAUCCUCACCGACAAGGACACCGUCGCCAAGUAUGAGAGUGCCUUGCUCAGAGGCUACGUGGAGUGCUGCUCUAACCUGACGUGGUGCACCAACCCUCAGGGCUGUGAUCAGAUCCUGUGUAAGGAGAAUAUGGGCAGCAUGGGGACCUGCUCCAGGUGCUGCUGGUCCUCCUGCUUCAGCUGCAACUUCCCCGAGGCCCACUACCCAGCCAGCUGCAGCCACAUGUCCCAGUGGAUGGAUGAUGGAGGUUAUUAUGAAGGCAUGACUAUGGAGGCUCAGAGCAAACACCUCGCCAAGCUCAUCUCCAAACGCUGCCCCAGCUGCCAGGCUCAGAUCGAGAAGAACGAAGGCUGCCUACAUAUGACCUGUGCCAAGUGUAACCACGGCUUCUGCUGGCGAUGUCUGAAACCCUGGAAACCGACUCACAAAGAUUACUACAACUGCUCCGCUAUGGUGAGUAAAGCAGCGCGGCAGGAGAAGAAGUUCCAGGAUUAUAAUGAUCGAUGCACCUUCCACCACCAGGCCAAGGAUUUUGCGAUCAACCUGGAGAACAAAGUGUCGUCCAUUAAUGAAGGUCUGCAGAUGAAGUCUUUGACAUUCGUCAUCGACGCCUGUAAAGUCCUCGCUCAGGCUCGUAAGGUGCUGGCCUACUCCUGCGUCUACAGCUACUACAACCAGGAGACGGAGAAGAUGGAUGUGAUGGAGCAGCAGACGGAGGCUCUGGACCUGCACACCAACGCCCUGCAGAUCCUGCUGGAGGAGACUCUGCUGCAGUGCACUGACCUGGCCUCAUGUGUCCGGCUGCUGAAACCGGAACACUUGAACACGGGACUGGAACUGAUCCGGCGCAUCCAGGAGCGCCUGCUGGCCAUUCUGCAGCACUCCACCCAGGACUUCAGGGUGGGUUAUCAGUCCAAGAGCAGCCAGGAACCAGAAUCCACUCAGAACUCCAACCUGUCCAACAACAAGGACGCCAACAAAGUGUCGAAGGCGGACCGAGCGUCGGAGUCCGGAGACUCGGACAACAACAACAACGGCGGUGAGGGCCGUGAGGAGAACGAGGACGACGAGUACGACGUAGAGUACGUCCCCGAGUGGCACGAAGACUACGACGAGGACGACAUCGACGAGGACGACUUCUUCUCCGACGACGACGAGUCCGAGAACCUGGAGAGAGACUUCAGCCCCUUCGACUGAACCGGGGUCCAGAGAGAGAGAGGGGGAGGAGCUACAACACAGCCACACCCCCUCACCUGAGAGCCUCACCUGAACCCCCCCCUCCCACCGCCAACACUGCUGCACUCACUUCCCACUUCCUGUAUUUCACCUUCUGUGUUUUCAUAAAAUCAAAGUACGGAACGAGACGAGGGUCAUAUGAAGAAAAAACUGUUCUGAGUUUAAUAUUUAAAUUCUGGAGAGAAACAAAUCUUAGUUUAGUCUUUAAAUUAUGUCAAUAAAUUAUAAAUACUUACUCAAUUCUGACAUGAAAGUCAUGAUAUUAGUUCUGUUUAAUUUUAUUUUUAAAAUCUGUGUAAACAGAUAAAACACGGUCUAAAACCAGUUUAAACAGUUUGAAACCAGUUAGAACCUGUUAGAACGGGGAGAUUCUUACUUUUGGGACAGUUUGGAUUUAAAAUGGCAGAACUGAUUUUAUAGAUCGGAGAACAUUUCUUUUCCUCCUCGUGGUCUCUUCUGGAUCUGGACCCGAUGAUGAAGGAUCUUCUGUUGCUUUGUUUGUUUCCUGCUGCUGAUCAAAGGGAUUAUUGUUCUAAAGAUGUUGUUUCACGCUCUGCCUUCAUUUAUUUUUAUGACGACAGUAAAGACUAAACGUUUUUUUACGUGUUUGGGGAAUCGGAUGUUUCUAAGGAACCUGAUCCGAUCUCUGAAGUAUCACUGCAAUAACCGAUCAAUCCAUCCAGCUCAGAUGGGGGUCUGGUCUGAGUCCAGGACUCUGAGAUGGGGGUCUGGUCUGAGUCCAGCUGGUAUCGGCUUCCUGUUUAUUGAUGUUCUAAAAUGUUCUUCUGGUUUCAGCAUCAAACUAAAUAAAAGCUUUUUCUGCUGCAAAA